AUGACUACUUCAUCUUUCCCCAUUGUCCCUAACGACGUUCUAGUCGCGAUACUCACACAGCUCAAACGGAUCGGCGACACCACUCAAGACCUCACUUCAUGUUUGCUGGUGAACCGCCAUUGGCGGGAGGCCACUACACCUCUUCUUUACGGAAACGUCGCUCUUACGCAUAGCAAUUUGACCCGCUUCUGUGAGCAUCUGGAUGUGAGGAAAUAUGCUGCGUGUUUCCAUUCCAUCACGAUAUCUCUCCAGCUAUACGAAGACCUCGAGCAGGUCUCACAGCUAGUCCCCUUACUCUCUCAAUUCUCAAACCUCCGCUCUUUCUCCUUCGGGCUCGGCAAAGGAUACCAUGACGUAGUUCCGCAGUCGGCUUUAGUUCGACUCGUGGAGGCGUUACCACCGUCCUGCGAGAACCUCGAAAUCGAUACAUUUGGCUACGAUAUACGUGCGGAAGGAGAUGCAAAGCACCUCUGCGACUCCCUUCGUGGAACACUUCCAAGAAUGCAGCACGUACACCUCCGUGUGCGAAGUUGUGAGACGCUUUUCACCAACCCUUUGACACCGGAUCAAACAAUAAGCCUCCCGCAUCUCAAGUCCUUCAUCUACACCUGCGCCCGCCCGCCCGGCGUCCCCUUACCUACAUGCCGCUACCCGGACCUGAACCUGAACCCCAUGACGCACGACCACCCCGACCUCCUCUGGACCACCGUCACCAGCAAUCUGCAAAGACUUGUCGCAGCACCCAACGCCGUCCCCACCAACGCGCAUGUCUACGCCUUCACGACAACAGACAGAAACGACAACGACCUUUCCCUCUGGCAAGCGCACAUUCGCGCUGACAUGCGCGCACAAACUAGCCUUGCCCUCCCCCACCGUGCCGUCUGGAUGGAAGCCAUGAUCCGCGGCUCGUACGUGCUGCGGCUCCACGACGGGACGGAGGUCAUGAGCGUGCCGGCGAAUAUUGAGGCGAUUGCUGAGGGUCGGUUGUGGCGCGAAGUGCGUGGAGGUGCGAGACUACCGGCGGCGGUGCUGGCGGAUGCGCGCGCGGGAAAGGCGAGUUUCGCAGUUGGGUGUGAGGAGAAUCCGCUGGCGUAUCUGAAGACUAGUACGCAGUGGAGAGAAGCCAAUCCGAGGAAGAAGCUGAGGACAUGGGUCAACGAGGAGAGUCUGGGGAUUAGGUUGGUGGGUGCAGAAGUGAGGAGGGGGAAGGACGAGUAUCUCUCAUUAGAGAUGGUGAAGGAGAUCACGCCGGAGGGGUGGAGAAGGGUGGGCAUGAACGAUGCGUUGGAGGAAAUCGGAACUUGA